UAUAUCAACAACGAGCAGCCCUAGCAACGAGGCCGAACGAAUAUAAUUUCGGUGGCAAAAUUUUCGUGUGUUCUUUUUGAAAAUAAUAACAAAUUGCGCAUUUUAAAACUAAGGGAAAUAGUAGUUUAGCCUGUUAACAAACAUAGCAGCACAUCCAACAAGAAUCGUUCCUCGGAAAUCUACAAAUAAUAUUUUGUACAGUGCGUGCGUCGAAUAGACUGGGCAGCGGCCAUUUUGAGCAAAGGAAAAACGUCAGCACCCUUUGCACACUUUUCCUACGUGAUUUAUGAAUUGCUAAAUUGUGCAAUACUUUCGAGCAAUGAACUAAUUUAAGCUAAUUUAAUUUUCUCUCACUCGUUUGCGGCCGCGCCGCCCUCUCUUAAUAUCAGUGAGCUACGAUAAAUACCGCACUUUAAAAGCCGCCGAGAGCUUUUACGCUUACAGUGAAAAGCUUGCUGAACAUAAACAAAACCAAAAACCACUCACACAAAUUAGCAAAAUGGCUGAUGAAGAUAUCUCAUUGAACGAGGACCAGCUCUUGGAGUCGAUGGAAGAGACCAAUGGCGAGCAGGAGACUGAAAUUGUGACAGAGACUGAGGAGGAAGGAAGUAUGCAAAUCGACCCCGAGCUAGAGGCCAUCAAGGCCCGUGUCAAAGAGAUGGAGGAGGAGGCAGAAAAAAUCAAGCAAAUGCAGUCCGAAGUGGACAAACAAAUGGCCGGUGGAUCCACAACCGGUCUUGCUGCAGUGCCGCUUUCCCUCGAGGAGAAGCAGGAGAUCGACACGAGGUCCGUCUAUGUGGGGAAUGUGGACUACGGAGCAUCUGCGGAGGAGCUCGAAGCACAUUUUCAUGGAUGCGGCACCAUCAACCGUGUCACAAUCCUGUGUAACAAAGCUGACGGCCAUCCCAAGGGCUUUGCCUACAUUGAGUUUGGCUCAAAGGAGUUCGUUGAGACGGCCCUGGCCAUGAACGAAACCCUGUUCAGAGGUCGACAGAUCAAGGUCAUGUCAAAGCGCACAAACCGCCCAGGCCUUUCCACCACAAACCGCUUUGCCCGCGGCACCUUCCGAGGGCGAGGAGCUCGUUCCUCAAGGGCCUGCUGCCACUCCACCUUCCGAGGCGCACGUCGAGCAAUAAGGGGUUACCGCGGCCGUGCCAACUACUAUGCUCCCUACUGAUAAUUGUUAAAUAGAACCCACUAGUAAGAUUUUUUUACCAAUUUAUUUCAAAAAACAUUAUUUUAUUGCCAAACUUCUUUG